CUUCUGUCGACAUUGUCUGGCUUUGCCCAUCCCACCAACGCUCUUUCCAGCAUCAGUCCGGCCCGCUGAUGGGACCGGGUCGGGGCCAGCCCCCCUGUAUCAGCCCGUUGUCUCCCCUCACAUAUCCCCGAGCCCCCUCCCGUUCACCCAACCAGCUCCCUGCCACUCUUGCUGACCGUCUCCAUGCGCCCUUGAAAAACAAACAGCACAAGUGGUCGAGGCUGUCGCUGCUGUUCUACAACGGCUUCACCGCCGCCAUGAGCUUCAUUCGGCUCACUAGCCUGGCCAUCUACAUUGCCAUCUACAACGGCGGCUUUUGCAAUCUCCCCUUUGGCCUCACGCAAGCCACCCUCGACUUCAAUAUCAACAACAUCCAGGCCGUCAUCGUAUUCCAAAUCAUCACAUGGCUGUGGAUCCACUACGGCUGCUACAUGGUGUGGUGCGCCAUUCUCAACAAGAACGUCGUCAAGAUGUACUCGAUGGCCGUCUAUGGCAUAUUCGACAUCAUCGUCGAGCUCACCAUAGCGAUCCGAACCGGCACGAGCCCAGGGCAAACCCUGACCUGCAUCAGCACAUACGGCGCAUCGUUCCUGGAGAUUCUGUUCAUCAUCCUUCGCUGCCUCAGCGUUGUGUCGCUGGUCGGAUUUGCCGUGCCCCUGGCAUUUGCUCGGACAUUCGAGAUCUAUCGCGAAAUCGGGCCCCUCUAUCGCACCAAGCGAACCUUCACCAUGUACCAAGUCCACCACAUGCUGGUCGAGUUCAACAGCACCUUCCUGGUCACGACCAUGAUCCAGUACAUCUUUGUGCUGACCAAGGCCUCUCCCCUCCUGGCCAUCACCUCCUCAACCUUUGCUCUCUUCCGGCUGAUCGUCUCGAUUCCUGUCGCGGUGGCUACGGUCAUCCUGGGCUUUGUGAUCCUCCGGAUCGAGUCCCGCCUGCUGCUGACGAUCCACAUGCUUCUAUGUCUGGCCACGUUCCUGUGCGUGGUCAGCGCUCUGGGCAUCAUCGCACCGCUCUUUGACGGCACCCCCGCCCACACCCUGAACAUGCACUACUUCCCGGUCCUGGCAACUGCUAUCCUGCUGUCGGUGCUGUCGAUCUGGCAGUGGUGCUGCAUCGGGGUGUCGCUGUUUAUCCGGAAGACGAUCGGACAAGGAUACAGCCGCUUUUUGUACUGCAAGGGCAAGGUCUGCGAUGUCAAGCUCGAAACCGAUGUCGUGCUGACCUAAGCGCUCACCAUUCAGCCCCUCUCUCCUCUAUGAUGAGUGGUGUAUCGCAAUCUCUUUCAAGUCUGUGGCUCUGUCACACACAAGGAUAUCGCCACCCGCCCUCC